AAUGGCCAUGAUUAUAUAUUAAUAUGGUUUUAUUAAAACAAAUAUUUAUACAAAAAUAAACACAGGAAACAAAUAUGGCUAUGUGCUCACACACAUGCACUGUAAAAUGGGAAAGGGAAGUUAGGCAAAUAUGUCACUGCACACAUAUACACACCCUCAUAUACAUUGUCCCUUAAACGUCUAGUGGCUGCAGUAUAUGUCCAUAUCUGGACAUGCCUCACAGGCCUGCACCGGAUCCAGGCCUAGUUCCAGCUGGUUGUGUAAGCAUGUACUGUAUGUGUGCAUGAGAUACAAAGUAAGUGACUGACAAUGUGGGGCAGAGUUUGCUGAUGAAAACUGCUGAAAUGUGUGGUUUUAGUCAAUCUGCCUGAGAUAAAGGCUGAGAGGUUGUGUGUUUGAGAGCCGCACUUCAUACAUUAGUGGCAGUGUUGUCAGUGUUUGCUCUGGAUGUGGUUCAAAGCUGCGAGUCAGAAAUGUGUCCACAAAACAAAGAAGUAAAGAUGAGAAGAAUUCAAAGAUUAGAGAUGGGGAUAAGCCCAGAUUUAAUUACAACUUUUCGCUCCGUGUUCUUUUGAUUAGAUUGGCUAUUUCCCUGUCUCCAUGAAAAGCCAGUGUGUCCAUCUCUUGACGUCUCUCUCUCUCUCAAGGUGAUAAGUGAGCGGCACUAGACCACGUCUGGCAAAUGUCCCAAUAUCCAUUACAGUGAUUACAGUGUUAUAAAAUAAACGAGUAAACAUUACCCACCACUCACUGACGCAAACACCUGUACUCCAAACUCUCACUUAUCAAGCACCCAGCGCCCAUUACCCCAUUACCCCACAAGAACAAAUUUCAAAACUCAUGCCCACGUGCCAUUUAUUACAGAGGACAAAUAACAGCUCUGCAGCUCUGAUUUACAUUUCUGUCAAAAGAAAUUCAUGAAAAGAACUUCAUUUACAAACUAGGAAAGAUUACAUUUACUUGCAAUUCAUGUACAGCAAUUGUUAUUUUAUUUAUUGCACUCAUUUAUUCGUGUCUUCAGCUCUAGUCAUACAGUCUUUGACAGAGCAGCUCUCAUUAUCCUGACCAAACCUUCUGAUACCUCACUCAAGAUUUCCAUUCGAAACACAGAAUGAUCUAAAAUGGUAUGACUCUAAGGCUUUGCUACAUUGUUGAACAAAAAUGUUAUUCUUUGUCAAACAAGAGUAAUCAGAAUGUAUUAAUAAGAUUUUUUAAUGCUCAACCAGUUACGGUUGUAACUUCAUAGAUUUGCAUAAAAAUAAGUUAUAACCAAACCAAAAGAAAGUAAGCGCUCUUUGCUGUUUAAUGCAUGGCAUAUCCAAAACCUGUACCUGUGACUAACUGUGUUUAUCAUCUCUGUCCACUAGGUGUCACUAUAGCCAUAGGAGAUGGUGUUGAAAUCAACGUGAUGCCAUGGACUACAGUCUACUCUGCAGACAGAUAGCCGUUCAACUACCAUCGCAGACAUUUCAACAGUCAAACACUGUGCUGAUUUGCAGUUUUCAGCCAAAAGACAGAUGCAGCUUCUUGCAAGAAUUUUUGAUGAAUAUUUUCUAGCUUGUGAAAGGGAACAUUAGUGUGUUCACAGGUGUAGUCACAGGAGAAUUGAAAGCUAUGAUUAGUAGGGUUCAGGUACAGCCAGAGCAGUCAAGUAAAUUCAAGUAGCAGCUAGGACACAGGAAAUACUAGGAGACAGACAGAGACAGAAGGACCACCAUGUGGCCAAGACCUUCAGUCACAUGUGACCAUGCAAACACUGUGAAGAGACUGUGUGCACCAAAAUAAAUGGGAGCAGCCCAAGUUAAUUUAUUUAAGUAUAUUAUACAUGAGCUUAAAUAAUGCCUUCUGUGCAAAAAGUUAGACUUGUCACUUGGUUUAAAACAGAAAAGAAAACAUAACCGUGAUUCACAAAAAGCUUCAGCCAUGAUGUCAUCUGGUUGUCUAUAGUGAAGCUUCAGCAAUAAUGGUGUCACAAGUGAUGCUGGGUGUCAUCCUCUCCCUCCUCAUCCUUGUGACUGUCGGUGGUAAUGUGCUAGUGUGCCUGGCUGUCUGUGCCUCUCGACGUCUUCGCUGCCUCACUAACUGCUUCAUUGUGUCCCUGGCCGUGACAGACCUGCUGCUCGGCCUUUUGGUCCUCCCUUUCUCUGCCCUCCUCCAAAUCAACGACGACUGGCCACUCGGCCCCGUCUUCUGCAACUUCUACAUCUCCAUGGAUAUCAUGCUGUGCACCGCCUCCAUCCUCACCCUCCUGACCAUCAGUGUGGAUCGCUACCUGGCAGUGACCAUGCCUCUGAGAUACACCUCACUGGUGUUGCCAUGGAGAGUUGCUGUAGCCAUGGCCAGUAUCUGGAUGGUGUCUGUGGCUGUGUCUUUCUUGCCCAUCCAAAUGGGGUGGAAUACUGUUAAUGGAACGGUGCAGAACCACGGGCCUUGGGCUCCAAAAAGGAAAUGCCGUUUUGAGCUGAACAGACCAUUUGUACUAACUGACUCAGUUCUUACUUUCUACUUGCCUCUGGUGACUAUGUGCUGGACUUACCUACAAAUUCUUCGCAUUGCACGGGCACAGGCCAAGCGCAUGAUCAGUGCCCGGCCCACUUGUACCACCAACUAUAAUGGCAGGAACAAUCCUUCCACUAGGACCUCUGUGGUUUCCAGUGUUACAGCAGUGGCUCUGCGGGAGCACAAAGCCACAGUCACACUGGCAGCAGUAAUUGGGGCUUUUGUUGUGUGCUGGCUACCUUAUUUCAUCAUGUUCACAGUGUUGGGCCUAAAGGAACAUCCAGACCCUAGCACAGAGCCAGAAUAUCCCUAUGUGUUAUGGCUAGGAUACACCAACUCAGCCCUCAACCCUGUCCUCUAUGGAGCUCUCAACAGGGACUUCAGGUCAGCCUACACCCAUCUACUGAGAUGUCGAUGCCCUACUUACAGCGGGUGGAGAAGCCGACAGCUGUCUCCCAAUAUAGCAGCAGCCAGAGAGCAGCUGACAGAAGUGACACUGCUCUGUGGCCACACCCCUGCCACCUGCAGAGCAGGUCAAACAGAUCAAAACUUCACACUUGAAGAAAUGAACAACAGGACAACACCACACACUAUCCAAUACACAAAUGGCGGUGCUACCACUGAUCUCGGUGACAAUGAAAGCUCAUGCUAAGCCUGUGCAGGUGAGGUGGAUGCUGUGUUCACUCUACUGUGGGUAUAGCCAAGAAUCAGAACUCAUCCCGAGGAGAAAACAGGAGAAAAAACAUGGACCAAGAUUUGCAUCCCCUUUAUUUGGAAGCCUUCAUUCCCACAGUCAAAGAAUCAGUAAUAAACAAUGUAAGUACUGGUUAAACCGACAUCUCUACGGCCCCCACAGACCAGUCAGUCUGGUCUACAGCAAAUUACCAGUGACACAUUGAUCCCAGCUGCUUACCAGGCCAUGUGCUUAUUGGGGCAACCACUUCAGCAAAUGUGUCUUUGCUUUCAGUGGCAAUACAUUAUGCAUACAUUCGGCUCCCUUGCAUUUUUGAAUGUUGUGAACAGUGACAGCUAAUUGGUUUGCUCAUUAUAUGUGCAUGUUUGUAAAAUGGGCAUCAAUUAAAGCAGCAGAAUAACAUAAUACUUUGAUGACCCUAAAGCUGUAAAGGCUCUACGGCACUACAAUGCGGUGCCAUUUAGUGGUGACAAAUCCAGCAUGUGCUAACACACACAAUGACUGUAAGUCCCAUGUAAAAUAACAUUCUACUAUGUAGUGUAUUACAGUAUUGUAGUACUUGAGUCCAGAACUCAGACUCAAGUCUGACUCAAGUUCAGAUUUUCGGGACUUGUGACUCAACUUAGACUUGAGCAUUGAUGACUCAGACUCAUUCAGAUUAAAAAGUUGGAGAUGAGCACUGACUUUAUUAUCAUUAUUAUUAUUUUGUAAAAGGCCAUAACAAACUGGCCUAAGGUACUGAUAAUAAAACCUGUUCACCUGCACCAUGCUGUAUCCAGCACACUUCCUUCGAAGCCUACACUCUGUCUUUCUAUAAGUGAUUUUUAUGUAUCAAGUUGCUGAGCAAUAUGCUGAUACAACAGACUGUUAGAAAGUUUGAAAUAUAAAAUGGUGAGAGAUGCGCCAACUGUGUUUAAUUUAAACCUUGAUGACUCUGAAUCAGGUAACAGGGACUUGAGCCGGACUCUGGAUUAUUCUUUGGUGACUUGGACUUGACUCAGACUCGAGAUUUAAACCCCACUACAACCCCGGUCGUAUUGUGCAUGUUUGUAUUAAUGGUGUUGCCAGAUUUGCUGUCAGAUUAUUGUACUGAACUUUGACAUCAAUAAAGAAUUUUAAAAGUCAACACAUUAAAGGUGAUCUGAAAUUCAUCAUGCCAACUAACAUAAGCAUAGUCUAAUGAUCUGAGGAAAAGUGUAUAUGAUAUUUGUCCUAUUUGAUAUGGUUAGAUAUAGUUUUAAAACUAAUCGUGCCUAGCAAUGAGAUCCUGACAGCACUCCUAACAUUACAUUUUACAUAAACUCUCAUAAAUUGGGGAAGGAUUCCUCUGCAGCUAAUACAAUAAUGAGUGGACAGUCAUUUUAUUAGCACAAAAGAAAGUGAAUUGUAACCAGGAGAAUUUAUGUAAUUGAUUUAUUACCAUUGUUUUAUUGCCUUCUGUAAUAGUAGUUUCAGUCCUUCACAUAAUUGUGUUUACUGACAAAAUUACUACAAUUUUUGUGUUUUGCUGUUCAAACUACAACUGCACGUGGACAUUAAUGGGAAUUCAAUUUUUAAUAAUAGUAACAUUACAGUGGUUUCUGGAUACUGCAAUAUUCUUACACAUUAUGUACUUAACUCUUAACCUUUCUAAAACCACUUCCUACCUCAUAAAAAUGUAUGCACUGCCCUGCAUUAGAGAACCGGCUAAUCUCUGUACCAAG